AUGUCGGAGUCUGGAGAGCGAGAUCCCCACCGGUCAUCGCUUGGUCGGCCGACCAGCCCGCAGGACAUUGUUCAACGGCCGCACCCUCUGCGCGAACGGUCCCAGUCGCAGAACAACACUCUCGCCAUCCGCAUCGUGCCUUACACGCCGCCGAGGCUCGAUGCCCAAGGUCGCAGUGCCAGCCAAUCUUCUGCAAAUCCUCAUGCACCAGAAGCCAGAUCUUGUUCUGGAAACGAUGGCGAGCAGGGGACCGGUCCAGCUCGCACCAUCUGGGCCAGGAGGGCCAGCGACAGGACAGAGCGGCCGUCUGGCAGCCAAGCGUCGGCAUUGUCCUCGCCCUCGUCCUCGGCGACUUCAUUGGCGAGGUCGUGGGAAGGGGUUGGAGGCGUUUCAGCAUCGAAACCCGCUACUGGCCCGACACCACAGCCAGCCCCUGGUCCAAGACCCCGGUCGGAUUUCAGCAAUAGCAGCGCAGUUAAUGCUGCUGCUGCCGCCGCCGCCGCCACCGAUGUCCAGUCUGAUGACGACCAAGAUGGCCAAACCGGUCCAGCCUCGCCCACGGCUUCAGCUGAGAAGCUUUUAUCCCGCCGUCGUAAUUUCAUUGCCGUCCACGCCGACAAGACCUUUUCGCUCGUGCCGCGCCGUCCGUCCUCCGACGCCGCCCGCAGCAGCCUCCAGUCACCCCCCCUCUCCCUUUCCACGGUUCGCUCCUCGAGCUCGCAUGAACGUCUCUCAUCUGAUGCGUUCAGCGACGAUCGCCCGAGCUCUCCCGGCACCACCGCUACCUUUGCCGACCUCUCCCUCUCCCCAUCCACCCCCUCUCCCACCGCCUCCACCACGCAAUUAGCUGAGGAUCCUAUACCCGCCUCGCCCGGAAACGAUCGCAUGGUCGGCGGCCUUCGAAAGGUCCCCAAGACACCAGAUUCCAGGCAAAAGAAGGCUGUCACGUACUCGGCUGCCGCCCAGGAGACGCCGCUUGCACCACUGCCCGAGGCAUCGUCGCCCGAGGACUUUGAGCACACGACAUUGGCGGAGCAAGGGGAUUCAUCGCCGCCGCAAGCACCCGAGGAUACGCCGCCGCGUCUCGUGAUACCAAAAGACUCGUUCACUUCUGAAGAGUCGACGUCGACCCUCUCCGAGACAACAAACUACAAGGUCUACGAGUACAGUCCAUCUCCCGGUGCCCAGGAUUCGACCGACAGCAUCCGGCCACCGUCUUCAAACGACUCCAACGUCCAGCUCCUGGGAGAGUCGUCCCCCGCCGCGCCCGUCUGGGAAAGCAGCCCGAUCUCGAUCCGAACGCCGGCCAGCGACCAGAACUACGUCGUCCACGGCGACCCUUCUCCGGCGCCCUCUUUCGGCACGGUAUCGCGGGAGCCACGACCGACAUAUUCGCAGGAGAGCUUGCUGGUGCCCCCCUUACGGACAGCCCGGAGGAGAUCGCCCGACAAGUACGGGUACUACAAGUCGAGGUCGAGAGAAUCGCUGCGCCGCACCGGCUCGAUCAAGUCGAUCAGGUCCAUCUCCUCCAUCAUCAGCGAGGAAGCGAACCAGCCCAUCUUUGCCGGCCCGGCGCUCAUCAACUUCCGCGGCGGCCCUUCUACCCCGAGCGCGACCGGCAACCCAGACCAGCCGGACGCAUGGGAGGCGACCCCGCCAGCUCAGACCGCCCCCGCCCCGGCCGAACCGCAGCGGAGAGUCCAGAUGGUAGAGUCCCACCCGCACCAAUGGAGUUCGCAGCUCUCCACCGUCAUGUCCGAGGACGAGGAGGACAGCCCGCGCGGCAGCGGGUCGCGCUCCGCCCGGUCCGCCUCGCUCCUGUCCGCCACGCCGAGCGCUAACAGCCACCGCCGGCGCAGCAGCGCGGGCUGGGCCAGCAGCACGCACAGCAGGCAGAUGCUGAGCAUCUCGUCCUCGCUCGCCGCCCAGCUCGAGGAGGGCGAGUCCCUGGCCCGGUCCUCCUCCGCCGCCGCCACCCACUCGCGCAGCAACUCGCUCGACCGGCCGCAGCCGGCCUACGUGCGCGGCAGCGGCAACGGCGGCGGCGGCGGCAGCCCGCGCAUCAUGGUGCGCGACCAGGACGAGUACGGCGACGGCCUGGCGGACCUGAACCAGCACCCGUCGCGGACGGGCCUCAGCGGCUUCUUCGCGAGCAGCGCCAACUCGUCGAGCCGCAACCUGCACUCGUCGGCGAGCUCGUCGUCGCGCGCCAACAGCUUCACCUCGGGCGCCAACAUCCCCGCCUGGGCGCGUCUGUACUACGGCUCGGGCGAGCAGCGGCGCCUGAUCGGCGCCCCGAGCAUAUCGGAGGAGUCCGAGGACGGCGGCAGCGGCGGGCCUUACGGCCCCGCUCCCCUCCGGCGCGUCGGCAGCUUCCGGUCCGACGGCAGCCCCAGCGCGGACCACUUCCCGCUCAACAUCUACAGCAAGCGCAAGCGCGCCAAGCAGGCCAUGGUCGGCGCCGGCGGGCCCUUCUCGGACUCGUCGACCAACAUGGUGCUGCCCGUGGGCGAGGCCGCGACGGCGGCGCCGGCGGGCGACUACUACUACUACGAGGGCGGCGGCGGCGGCGGCGGGGCCCGGCAGCCCAGGCACAAGACGAGCUCCAUCUGGAGCCCGCACCUGCGGUUCGACCGCCGCGCGAGCCGGUACAGCAUCUGGGAGCCGCCGAGCGUCAGCUGGAGCGCCGAGAGCGGGCUCAUGGGCCGCCGCAACGCGCAGGUCGUGCUGUUCAUGGCGGGGUUCAUAUUCCCCUUUGCCUGGAUGAUCGCCGCGUUCCUUCCCCUGCCGGCCAAGUCGCAGUCCCAGCAGAUGCUGGAGCGCGCCCAGGGCGAGUUCGGCGUGCCCGAGGCCUUCAAGCAGCAGCUCCUGACGGCCGAUGAGGUGCGGUACCAGAGCGCCCGGUGGUGGCGCAACCUGAACCGCUGCAUGGCCUUUGUCGGCCUGCUCAUCCUGGGCGCCGUCGUGGCGCUCGUCGUCAUCGGCGUCCGGCAGGGCUGGGGGCUGGGACGGUAG